GAUGAAACUCCGUGUGCUCCUGCUGCUUUGCUUCCUGGUAUCUGUCGUCCAGCCCUUCUACCUUCCCGGGGUCAGCCCGAGGACGUUCAAGGAUGGCGAGCAGGUGAACAUCAAAGUGCAGACGCUCUUCUCGAGCGAGAGUCAGUUGCAAUUCGACUACUACCAACUCCCCUUCUGCAAGCCCAAGAAGAUCGUGGAUCUGCCUGAGAAUCUCGGAGAGGCUGUGGCAGGAGAGAAAGCACACAACUCGAUGUUCAAGGCUAAGAUGAAGGUGAACGAAUACUGCAGAACAGCAUGCAGGAAGGAAUAUACUCCCGCACAGAUGGAGGAAUUUCAGGAUUUCUCCAUCCUCGAUUACCGUGUGAACAUGCGGCUGGACAACUUGCCUGUAGCAGAGAUUGCCAAGUUCUACUAUGAGGAUCGUCCUGAAGAGACUCUCGAGACGUACAACCUUGGAUACCCUGUUGGCUCCAAGUUGCAUGAAGAAGUUCACACCGACGAGGCCGUCACAGAGCACUAUGUGCUGAACAACCAUCUGCGCUUCAAGAUCCUGUACCACUCCAUCUCCAAGGAGAAAGGCUUCAACAAGGCUGCACUUGACUCCAAGGGCGUCAGCGUCGACGACAACCUCAUCGUCGGGUUCCACGUCCACCCUUACUCCAUCUCGCACACCUACCAGGGAGACUGGAAGGAGUCUUGCGCCCCCAACUGCCCCCUCACCACCUGCCUUGGCGAGGGGAUGUUUGCAGAGCACGCGCCGCAGAAGAUCGAGCCCUCCAAAGGUGGAUCGGUGAUCUGGACUUAUGACAUCGUGUGGGAAGAGAGUGAGGUCAUGUGGGCCUCUCGUUGGGACGUGUAUCUCCGCAUGACCGACGAUCGCAUCCACUGGUGGGCAAGGUUCUCCAUCAUCAACUCGUUUGUUAUCCUCCUCUUCCUCGCCGGCAUCGUCGGGAUGAUCUUCUCGCGCGUGCUGAGGAAUGACCUGAGCAGAUACAACGAUGAGCUUGAGGGAACGGACAGCACAGCCCUGCGUGAAGAGAGUGGAUGGAAGCUUCUGCAUGGCGAUAUCUUCCGUGCUCCCCCCAACUCAACCCUCCUCUCUGUCUACGUUGCUACAGGAGUCCAGCUUCUCAUCAUGGCCUUCAUCACUCUCGUCCUGGCUGCACUUGGCUUUCUCUCCCCGGCUCACAGCGCCGCCUCCUCCUCCUCCUCCUCCUAUCGACAAAUCCACAAUGCACUAUGA